AUGGUUUUUUUCUCUCUCCUCUUUUUGGUUGUUGAAUUGAAAAAAUUAAUUGGGGUCUUCUUGGUUUUGGUUUAUUAAACAGUUUUGUUCCUUUUGUGGGUAUAAAGUUUUGAGCUUUGAUAAUUUGGUGAUAGUUAUAAGGCUAUUGAAUGAGUAGAACUGUCAAUUUUUUGUAAGGUUCAAGGUAUGGCUGGGUUUUCUUUUCCCUGAGGUCUUGUUGGUUUUGGUUUAUUAUAUAGCUUUUUUGGGUGUUCUUAUAAAUCUGAAAGUUUGGAGCUUUUUGUUUGGUUUUUUGUGGGGGUAAAGAUUUGAGCUUUGAUGUUUUGGUGAUAGUUAUAAGGCUAUUUAAUGAAUAGAACUGUCAAAUUUGUGAGGUUCAAGGUGUUAUUGGGUUUUUCUAUUUCCUUAAUUUUGUUUUGUGAAUUCAAAAAAUUAACUUUGGUCUUUUUGGUUUUGGUUUAUUGCAUAGCUUGUUGGGUUUUCUUGUAAAUUUGAAAGUUUGGAGCUUUUAGUUCGUUUUUUCUGGGAAUAAAGAUUUGAGCUUUUGAUGUUUUGGUGAUAGUUAUAUAACUGUUGAAUGAAGAGAACUGUCAAAUUUGUAAGGUUCAAGGUAUGCUGGGUUUGGAUUUCUACUGUUUAAUUGUUACUUGUAAAUUUGAAACAUUGGAUAGCUUUUAGUUCCUUUUUGUGGGAGUAAAGCUUUGAGCUUUGAUGUUUUGGUUAUAGUUAUAUGGCUAUUGAAUGAAUAGAACUGUCAAAUUUGUAAGGUUCAAGGUAUGGCUGUCCGGGUUUGGAUAUUCUUUAUUUACUGUUGGGUGAAAAGGUGGAGCUUGAGUAUGUUUUCUUGUUUGGCUCCUGGGAGUUUCCGUGUUUUUAUUUUAGUUUUUUCUAUUGUUGGAAUAAAGCGGUGAGCUUUGAUGUUUUGGUGAUAGUUAUAAGGCUAUUGAAUGAAUAGAACUGUCAAAUGUGUAAGGUUCCAAGGUAUGGCUGGGUUUGGAUGUCUACUAUUUAUUUGUUGCUUUUAAAUUUGAAACUUUGGAGCUUUUUAGAUUUUAAGUUCCUUUUAGGUGGGGAUAAAGCUUUGAGCUUUGAUGUCUUGUUGAUAGUUACAAGACAUUUGAAUGAAUACAACCGUCUAAUUUGUAAGGUUCAAGGUAUAGCUGAGUUUGUAUGUCUACUAUUUCAUUUUAGGGUGAAAAGGUAGAGCUUGAGUAUGAUUUCUUGUUUGGCUCCUGGGAGUUGCCUUGUUCUCAUGUUAGUUUUUUUUUUUGUGUGUGUGGGAAUAAAGCUGUGAGCUUUGAUGUUUGGGUGAUAGUUAUAAGGCUAUUGAUUGAAUAGAAUGGUCAAAUUUUGUAAGGUUCAAGGUAUGGCUGGGUGUGGAGGUGUACUUAUUUUAUUAUUGGUUGAAAAGGUGGAGCUUGAGUAUGACUUCUUGUUUUGCUCGUGGGAGUUGCCUUGUUUUCAUGUGAGUGCGUAUUAGCUUAGUUUGGUUGGAUGUUAAAAUAGGUUGAGUACUAGAUAAGGUGCCUCACAAAAGAAAGAAAAAAUGUGAUUAUUGAUUGAAAAGGUGGAGCUCGAGUAUGACUUGUUGUUUGGCUCCUGGGAUUUGCCUUGUUUUCAAGUUGGCGCGUAUUUUCUUAGCUUGGUUGGAUAGUCACCUGCCUGGGAAGCAGGCACCUCUCGGAGUCGGGACUUCCAAGCUCCUCAAUUCCAGUCACCAGCCCCUCCAUUAGAGACGAGUUGCACGUUGGGGAGUACCCCCUAUCUCCCCCCCCCGGAAGGGCCCCCGACCUUCCACCUUGAGAGUUCAUGCUUGCGGGGCAAGGGACGGGGUUGGUACCAAUUCCAAUAAGCAGCCUGGCGCCUGCUUCACUUGCUUGGGAAGCAGGCACCUCUCAGGGUCAGGACUUCCAAGCUCCUCAAUUCCAGUCACAACAAACGCACCCACCACCCCCACCUCCUCCAUUGGAGAUGAGUGGCGCGUUCAGGGUUCAGGGCUGAUGUGCCAGGGUUUGGGGCUUGCGAGGCAAGGGCCGGGGUUGAUACCAAUUCCAAUAAGCAGUUUGCCGUGUGUCAUAUCCCAGUCACCCGCCUACUUGACCUGCUUGGAGGGCUUCCGGAGAUGUUCCUGCUUGACCUGCUUGGAGGACUUCCGGCGAGGUGCCUGCUUGACCUGCUUGGAGGACUUCCGGAGAGGUGCCUGCUUGACCUGUUUGGAGGACUUCUGGAGAGGUGCCUGCUUGAUCUGCUUCUGCUACUAAGACCUAACCACUGGAUUCAAGAGAUUAAAAAUCUGGUGACUGGAAUUGAGGAGCUUGGAAGUCCUGACCCGGAGAGGUGCUUGGCUUGACCUGCUUGGAAGUAGUUCUAUGACUGAAAUUCACCUAGGCAGAGCAUGUAAAUAGCUCUGUUCCACGGACAAAGCCAGUGAUGUUUGAAUUUAAUUUUUAAGGCUCGGAUUAAAAAGAUUAUGCAAGCUGACGAGGAUGUGGGGAAGAUUGCUAUGGCUGUUCCUCUUUUAGUCUCAAAAGCUCUUGAACUCUUUCUGCAAGAUCUUUGUGACCGUACGUAUGAGAUCACCCUCAAGAAAGGAGCAAAAACUAUGAAUUCUUUCCAUUUGAAACAUUGUAUCCAGAGCUUUAAUGUGUUUGAUUUCCUCAAGGAUGUAGUGAGUCGGGUUCCUGAUCUAGGCGGGUCAGAUACUGGUGCUGAAUCGGCCACCAAAAGAAGGAAAGUUGCUGAAGAAGAUGAUCAUGACAGUGAUGAUGAUAUCAAAAGGAAUCACACGAAUGAGGCUGCAAACAACAGUGGUACUGGGAGGGGACGAGGUAGGGGUAGGGGUAGAGGCCGUGGUAGAGGUGCACGAGCAGUAGAGAAAGGUGACUCCAAUGUUCACAGUGAGAAACUUGAAGACCCUACUGCUGAUGUUUCACAUCAGAAGGAUGAUGAGAAGCCAAAGCAAAAUGAUGAAAGGAUGGUGGACUAUGUAGCAGAACCAGCAGCAGUAGAUUCAAAGAACAUUUCAGCCGCUAAAUGCUCCACAGAAGUUGUCACCCCUGCCAGAAACUUUGAUCUCAACAUUGACUUAAACGAGAGUGUGGAAUCCACACCAAUACCAUCUGAAGCCCCUUCAUCAUCAACAGCAGCAGCAGCAGCAGCACCGCCUCCUGAAGUGAAGCAUGAGGAAAUCCCUGGAUGGUCUCUGUCUGAGAUGGAAAAGAUGGCCAUCGAUCCAAUUCAACUGGCCAACUUAAACCGAGGGUUAGACGAGGAAGAGGAAGAUUAUGAUGAAGAAGGAUAGGUAUUGUUAUCUUAUGUGUUUAGAGCAGUUACAACAACUCACAUACAAGUAGGCAGGCUUGUUUUUCUAGUCUUUUUUAGGAAUUUUAGUUCAAAUGUAAAAGAAAAAAGGGCAUCAUUGUGAAUGAAGCUCUCAGAUUUCUCAGGUUUUUCUUUUAGUUGUGACUUAGGCACCUGUAUUUAUAGUCUGUGUAUUGUUCACCAACAAACAUCUUAGGAAAAACAUGUACAAUUUCUAACUUCUAAUUCAGAAAUAUAUAUUCUAGGUUGGAGGUUACAUUCA